AUGGCUCGUCUGCCUGCCUUGAAGGCCAAGAGCCGUAAACGAUCUUCGAAAGCACUAUCACCAGCCCAUGAUAGCAGCGUGGCCAAGACAACAGAGGUCGACCAUGCUAUAGAAACGCCUACCUCCGAUGCAGCUCGUCUCUCCAAGCUUAGGAUCUCCAAGCUUAGGAUCUCCAAGCUUAGGAUCUCCAGCUCAGGCGAUGUUGAGAAAAUCUGGCCAGACAACAUCGAGAAUAUACUACCUAAAAUAGAGGAAAACCAGACAAGGACAAUCGAAUCCAAACUGUUGGAUGGUACUAUCAUGAUUACGUUCGACCAGGCGCCUGAGCUCACUCGUGCUGCAAGCGGUACACUGCCCUCAAGUAUCCAUAGGACCUUUUACGAGACAUCUCAGACUGCUUGUUGUUUUGUUAACAAAGACACACACCCCAAGCAUCGCGAAGUUCCGGACCUGAAGAUUAGUGACGAGAAUGCCUUCCAAUCCAUCGGGUCGUUCUCGUUGCCAACAGAUCUGACGCGAGAACGUAUUGAGCGGCACCUCGUCUGGAACAAAAAGAUCAACCCAUCUUCGUACAUCUCUGGGUUCAAUGAUCUUAGCUUCCAUUACAAAAACAGUAAGAGGAUCGGCAUGCGUGUAUCAAUCGCUCGGAUCAGUACUGAUGGUUUGAUCGCUGCGACUGUCACGGCUCAAAUGGAGACUACCAUAACAGUUACCACUCGCCGACGUUUCCACCCCGACGAGACUUAUUUGGCUUCGAAAGUCCACAAUGUUUCGACUCCAGUGUGGAUUCGUGAUACAGCUGUGCCACUAGAUCACUCUGCUAUAACCUGGCAGCAGCUGAAAGCAUCUGGCGCAGAUAUGUGGUUGUCGAUAACGGAAAUACGGGCUUCCGACAUGAAACUUAUCCUUCCCAAGAUCCGUUGGUGCGAUACGAUCUGCGCAGACGGUCACGAUUACGAGUGGCUCGCUUGUGGCUUCAUUCCCAAGUCACGCGUCACUCGCGUCAUGCCUUGGGAUGGUACUCGACUCCACAGGAAUCCGGAUGUUCGAAUUGUUCGCAGCAUCGAUAGUCCAGACCCAUGGGUUUUCGACUGGACUACAAGCAUGUGGCGCUACGACCCUCGUCUUUACCGGACUGCCUGCUUCUUAUCCACAUAUGGAGGAAACAAGCGCAAGAUCUUGGAUGAAGAGCGUGAUGACGAGCACGAAGGCCCUUCGCGAAAGCGCCGCAAGGUUAUCAAUAUCUCGAAGGCCAAGGGCAAGAAGACUGACACCACCCCGGAGGCUAAGCGCAACAACAACCCCUAUGAACCCGGCUUCAUACCGGAGACCUCAGAGCAGGCAGACAGUGAUAACGGCUGCUGUUCUGUUUGCGGUCAGCGGAAAACUCCAUUCCACAUCAACGAGGAGACUGACGGACCGCUGGCUUAUCUUGACUUGAGUAUGCCUUCCAAGCCAGCCUGA